AUGUAUAUAUACUUAAUUCUAAUCUCGCUUGUCUUAACAAUAUAUGGCGUUGAAAAAUCAAAAUUAUUUUCAUAUAGGAUUAUUGCUUUAAAGGACUAUGACUUUUUCAAUCAAUUACAAAUAGAUAAAAAAAUGGAGAAGCCAUGGUUAGUAUUCUUUUUUAUGGAGCAUGAAGAAAAUUCGAAAGAAUUUAUUCCAAUCUUUGACAAAUUAGCAGAGGAAUUCAAAACAACAAAUAUGUACUUUUCAGCUGUUGAUAUAUAUGAAAAUGAGGAUGUAAGAGAUAGAAUAGUAAUUUCGAAAUUCCCAUAAUUAAUUUACUUUGAUAUGAAUAGUCUUAUGUAUAGAUAUAAUGGAGAAUUAACCUUUGAAUCUGUUUCAAAUUUUGUGAGGAAUGAAGAAUGGAAUUAACUCUAAGGAAAGAAGGUUCCUAAAGAAAUCAAUUAUUGGAAGAGAACGUUAAGAAAGCUGACUGGCUUUGUUGCAAUUCUUAUUUAUUCAAUAAUAUUCACUAUUAUAGCAGUCAUAUGGUACUUUUAAAACAGAUCACAUUCUAUUUUGUUGAAGAAGAUCAGAAGAAUUGAUAUAGCGCAAUCAAAUAUUUUAGAAAAGAAGAAGAAAUAUAUGAAAAUUGAAUGA